AUGAAGCUAUUCUUUUUCUUGAGAAUUUAUGAUGGAUUCAGUUUCUUGGUACAAAUGAUGGCUGGAGUCUUUAAAGAUCUCAAAUACUUCUUGCUAUUCUUUAUCAUUUUCAUCUUGCAAUUUGGAAUGAUCUUCUUAGUCCUUUUCAAGGCUCAGUAAAUUGAUGAAUAUAAUGGUGUGAAUAAAAUGGCUUACUUUUUAAUGGCCUUUAGAAUUUCAUCUGGUGACUUUUAGCUUGAAGAUUAUCAAAGAUAAGAUGACGAACUGGCUCUAGUUUCCUGGUUGAUUUGGUUAAUAGCUGUAAUAUCUUUGAACAUAGUUUUUAUGAACUUUAUAAUUGCUGUAAUUUCAGAAUCUUAUGAAAGAGUUAUGCAAAAGUUAGUUGCUGAAUCAUACAGAGUAAAAGCUAAUUUGAUUUUUGAAAGAGAGCAACUUUUUAGUGAAGAGGAAUUGAAAAGUACAAAAUAUUUUCCAAAUUAUAUAGUUGUGAGAAGACCACUAAAUACAGAGAUAAAAGAAGCUGGGGAAUGGUAAGGAUUUAUUAAAGACCUUAAGCAGACCAUUAGGACAACAGUUGUGAAGUCUAAAUCAGAAAUUAUUGAAAAUCAGCACUUUAUUUAAACUUUAAAUAACGAAAAUAUUAAGAAGAGAGAUGAAGUAUUAGUACAGAAUUUGAAAAAUAUAACGAAUGAAGGUCUAGAUGAAAUAAUUACUAUAUUAGAAUAGAAACUUGAUCAAGAAUAAGACAAUAGUAAAGAAUAAAUAAAUGGCAAAGCCUAACUUGAGAAAUAAGAUACAGGAAUUGAUGAAAAAGUAGAUGUGAUAGAUACAAAAGUUGAUGAAUUGAAGGCACAAGGUAAAAGACUUGAUGCCAAAGUCGAUGGGCUCAAUUAGCAAGUUAAAGGGCUUGAUGCUAAAGUUGAUGGAUUCAAUUAACAAGCAAAAGGACUUGAUAUAAAAGUUGAUGGACUUGAUAAAAAGGUUGAUGGACUUGAUACAAAAGUCCUAAAAAUCCAAGAUGACAUGGAAUUUAUUAAAAACUCUUUAACUUAAUUCCUUCAGAAAUAAAAUCAGUGGUCAAAGCCUAAGUUUUGA